AUGCCAGCGGCUGGAGCACAAGAGCAGAUCCGAAAAUGCAGGACGAUAAAGGCAUACGAGACACAAAAUAGAUUAAAAUGUGCGAAGCCAAGAGGCCAGCAGAGCCUGAGGGAACGCAGCACGACAACAAUCAGAUGCCUUUUGAUACAGCAUCUUUUUGUUGCCGAGACGAGCAUGCGCUGCGCCGGGACAAGGACAGACAGACACCUUUGUUGGAGAUCUGUGCCACCAGACGAUCGGAUGGGUGACAGCAGCGUCAAAUCUGGAAGCUGCGGACGGGGCCUGUUAUGGACUGUUCUGUCCUGCUGCGUCAGGAUCUCGCGCAAGCAAAUCGAAAAACUUGAGGCGUGUACUGCGUUGAUGAGAUUGAGGGAAGGAAAGAAGCAUGACGCUUGUCUCGCUUGA